AUUCGGUGCGCCAAGCAGUAACGGGGUGCGCCGAUAUCAAUUCUUAAUUAAAUUUAUAGAACUUUAUAAAUUUUAAUUAUUAAAUUAGUUAUCUUUUCAAAAGCAAAUUGGGAAGGAGCUAGCUAGUAUAUCUCACGGUCAUUAUUCUCUGUUUCUUCUCCUUUCUUGGUGCCGUUUGUCAGACAGACAGAGAGAUGGUGUUCGCUACUGCUAUAAAUUCAUGCCAACUGUAUGUUCCGGGAAACCGGCCGGUGUUACAGCGAGCCAUUAGUUGCUCUUCGGCAUCGAUGGGGUCGGCCAAGUUUGAUCUGAAGAAUUACUGGGCCACACUGAUUAAAGAGAUCAACCAGAAGCUGGAUGAGGCAAUUCCAACUCAAUACCCUCACCAGAUUUACGAGGCCAUGCGAUACUCUGUUCUUUCCAAAGGCGCCAAGAGGGCCCCACCCAUCAUGUGCGUCUCCGCCUGUGAGCUCUUCGGCGCUAACCGCCUCGCCGCCUUCCCCACAGCCUGCGCUCUAGAAAUGGUUCACGCUGCCUCUUUGAUUCAUGAUGACUUGCCAUGCAUGGACGAUGACCCAUUACGCCGAGGACAACCUGCGAACCACACAAAAUUCGGGGUGGACAUGGCAAUUUUGGCUGGUGAUGCCUUAUUCCCGCUCGGUUUCCGCCAUAUAGUCUCCAACACUCCAACAGAUCUUGUCCCAGAGAAUCAACUUCUCAAGGUGGUAGCGGAGAUUGCCCGUGCUGUGGGGUCUACCGGCAUGGCUGCUGGACAAUUAAUCGACCUCGAGGGCGGGCCCUAUGCCGUGAGAUUUGUUCAAGAAAAGAAGUUCGGUGAGAUGGGUGAGUGUUCGGCCGUCUGCGGGGGUAUCCUAGCGGGUGCUUUGGACGAGGAGAUUGACAUGCUAAGAAGGUACGGGCGGGUUGUAGGCAUGUUGUAUCAAGUUGUUGAUGAUAUAUUGGAAGCAAAGGAGGAGGAGCAGAGUGCUAAGGACACAAAUGAGACUGUCAUUACUAAAAUGAAGAAGUUGAAAAGCUAUGUGGGUGUGUACGGUGUGGAGAAGGCGAUGGAAAUUGCUGAGGACAUGAGGAUACAAGCUAAUAGAGAGUUGGAUGCUCUCGAUAAGAAGUAUGGGGAUAAGGUCAUCCCACUACGCAGCUUUGUGGAUUAUGCUGCCUAUAGAGGUUUUAACAUUGAUGUUGAUCAAGUUUAACUUGAAAUUAUAACGACAGUUUGAAGUUGUAUGUUUACAUAUCCCUCGCUCUAUAUAUGAAUUCAGAUAUUUGUUUUAAUACUCUCCCUGCCUAACAACUGCC